GCCCCACCGCGGCUGCGGUCCGCCAGGUCCGUCCCGCCCGUGCGUUCCCCGCGCCAUCCUCGAGGCCGACGCGCACCCGCUCGUGCUCCCCGCCCGGGGCAGCCAUGGCUCAGCACUUCUCCCUGGCCGCCUGCGACGUGGUCGGCUUCGAUCUGGACCACACGCUGUGUCGCUACAACCUGCCCGAGAGCGCCCCGCUCAUUUAUAACAGUUUUGCUCAGUUCCUAGUCAAGGAGAAAGGGUACAAUAAGGAAUUGCUCACUGUGACCCCUGAGGAUUGGGAUUUCUGUUGCAAAGGUUUAGUAUUGGAUCUGGAAGAUGGAACCUUCAUUAAACUUGCAGAUAAUGGCACUGUACUCAGGGCAAGCCAUGGCACCAAGAUGAUGAAUCCAGAGGCACUGGCAGAGGCUUAUGGCAAGAAGGAGUGGAAACACUUUGUGCUGGACACAGGCAUGCCUUGCCGCUCAGGAAAGUAUUAUUUCUAUGAUAACUACUUUGACCUGCCAGGAGCUCUUCUUUGUGCCAGAGUGGUGGACUCUUUAACAAAGCAGAACAGUGGUCAAAAAACACUUGAUUUUUGGAAGGAUAUAGUUGCUGGUAUACAACACAAUUUUAAAAUGUCAGCUUUUAAGGAAAACUGUGGAUUAUAUUUUCCCGAAAUUAAAAGAAAUCCCGGCAAAUAUUUACACAGUUGUCCAGAAUCUGUAAGAAAAUGGCUUCAGCAGCUUAAGAAUGCUGGGAAAAUUCUGUUGUUGAUUACCAGUUCUCACAGUGAUUACUGUAGGCUUCUCUGCAAGUAUAUCCUUGGAGAUGAUUUUGCUGACCUUUUUGAUGUUGUAAUUACAAAUGCAUUGAAGCCUGGUUUCUUCUCCCAUUGUCCAAAUCAGAGGCCAUUCCACACACUGGAGAAUGAUGAGGAGCAGGAGGCACUGCCAUGUCUGGAUAAACCUGGAUGGUACUCGCAAGGGAAUGCUGCCCACCUUUAUGAUCUCCUGAAGAAAAUGACAGGAAAACCUGAACCCAAGGUAGUUUACUUCGGUGACAGUAUGCAUUCAGAUGUGUUUCCGGCCCGUCACUAUAGUAACUGGGAGACAGUCCUCAUUCUAGAGGAGCUACGAGGGGAAGAAGGUGGGAAGCCUGUAGACUCGGAGCCUCUGCAGAAGAGAGGAAAAUAUGAGAGACCAAAAGCAAAGCCUCUAAAUACUUUAUCUAAUAAGUGGGGUUCUUUUUUCAUUGACUCAAUUUCGGGACGGGAAAAUUCUGAAGACUCCUUGGUUUACACAUGGUCUUCUAAGAGAAUCAGUACUUACAGCACAAUUGCCAUUCCAAGUAUUGAAGCAAUCGCAGAACUACCCCUGGACUACAAAUUUACAAGAUUCUCUUCAAGCAAUUCAAAAACAGCUGGCUACUAUCCACUGGUUCGUUAGCCCUUUGGUCCAUUGCACCAAUGUUCUUAUUCAAUUGAUGAGACACUUACUAAAUUGUGUUUCCCAAAAAGUGAAAAACUACUAUGCAGCAAUUAUACUGUAAAAGUUUUCAAAACUAUUGUAAAAUUCUUUAUAUGAACAAGUUUUUAAUGAGAAUUGAUGCAGAAAUUGGUAUUAGCCAUAUAUCUCCUUUUUAUAUAAAUCAUUUUAAUGCCUAAAAAUUUGGUUUAAUCAUUUUGAUGCCUAACAACUCAUCAUAUUAAAAAAAUCUUGGUAUUCUAGAACUAAAAAGAAUAUUUUUGCUAUUUUCUCUAGUUAAUUUUGAAAUUAGAAUUCACUGGGAGCAUAUGCGUGCUUAUUUACAUUUAUACAUAUAUCAUCCAGUGGUUCUCAAAAUAUGGUCCACUUAGAGCAUAGUAUCACUUAGAGCUUGCUAAUGCAAGUUUAAAGGUUCCACCCAAGAGUUAAGGAAUGAGAAACUCUGAGACUGGCUCCUAACAAUGUGUUUUAACAAGAUUUUCAGGAGAUUCUGAAUCACACUACAGAUUGAAACCCAAUAGCUAGACCAUGUACUUCAGAGGUUUGUUUAAAUGCUCUGGAUAAAAAUAGCUGAG